GGGAACAAAGUAGCAGCAGAACAGAACUAUCAGCUAGUUAGUUUCUCUUUCUUCCAAAACGCUUCGCGGCGACACACCAACUUUGCAUUUGCAAUGGCGAGAAUCAAGGUGUACGAGUUGAGGAACAAAACGAAAGCAGAGCUUCUGAACCAAUUAAAGGAUCUCAAAGCAGAACUUGCUCUCCUACGCGUCGCCAAGGUCACCGGCGGAGCACCCAACAAGCUUUCCAAAAUAAAAGUGGUUCGGCUUUCGAUAGCGCAGGUGCUGACGGUGAUUUCUCAGAAGCAAAAGGCUGCAUUGAGGGAAGCUUACAAGAAGAAAAAGUAUUUGCCAUUGGAUCUGCGUCCCAAGAAGACAAGAGCUAUCAGAAGACGCCUCACCAAGCAUCAGGCAUCCUUGAAAACAGAGCGUGAGAAGAAGAAGGAACUGUAUUUUCCUAUGCGAAAAUACGCAGUUAAGGUUUAAUGUUGGAUCCAAGUACGGAUAAUAGUUUUGGAGUCACUUUAUAUUUGUUAUUCGACACAAUUUAUUUUUUCUGGUCGCUCAGUUUUUAUGCUGCAUCUUUCUAGUUUUAAUCAUCAUGAAACUAAAUUAAAAAUUAG